GCCUGAUUUAUUUUUGUGUAUAUAUAUCAAAUUAGUUUGGUGUGAAACUCAAGUACAUUUUUGUAUAACUCUCAGACUCGAAACUCUGAAUCAAACAAGACUUCAAUAACAUAAUGGCUGAACUCCAAAGACUGCUUCAGUCAAACGAGGUUUUCCGAUUUGAGCCGAUGAAGACUUUUCUGAGUGGUCUUCAGCAGACGUCCAUAGCCACAAGCCCCAGCAACCUGAACGAGACCACAGGUCUUCUCCCUCAGAACGCUAAUGUCAACUUGCCAAGGAUGUCACCUAGCUACAAUGUCAAUCUGAACACCACCAACCUCAACACCAGCUCCACCAUCACCAUCGACAACCAAGGGCACGCCAACAUCAACACCAAUGUCACAGCUUCGGUGUCGAAUGUUCCAAACCCACUCGAGUCUAACACCACUCAAGAUGCUAACGCGAAUGUUUCAGAAGUCCCGAGACUAUUAUUUGGGGUACGUUCAUUUUCUUUAUCUGUAGUACUUUGUCUACAGUCUCUUCCCCCCCUUCCCCCAGAAAAUGACUGCUAUCUGCUAACGUUAGUUUUCAAACAAAAUUAAAUUUAAAAUGU